ACUGUUCCAUUCAUAAUGAUGUUGUUGGCUAAGAACGACGUCAUUCUCCCAAGCUAUCGUGAGAAAGUGGACUUCAAACAGACCAGAAUGGCUCUUUCUUUCGCAAAGAUUUUUGUGCUUGCUCUGGCGAUUUCUUUCUCAUAUUGUGAAAAAAGUUCAAGAAAGGUAUAUUCUACGGAUGAAAAACACGAACAAGGAAAGCUGUCUCUCCAGAAGAGAAGUGUUUAUUCAAACCCUUUGAUGGUUUACCGCUGUUCUCUUCCUCUUGGUUUGGAAAACGGUCAUGUACCAGACGCCGCAUUUUCUGCUUCUUCAAGUGCAAACAGCAAACAUGGUCCAGCACGUUCCAGAUUGAACAUACAGUCAAACAGUAAAGGGUACGGAGCCUGGUCAGCGGGUGCUAAUAAUGGCAAACAGUGGCUUCAGAUAGACUUCGGGGAACUGGUGCGAGUGACCAAGGUGGCAACGCAGGGGCGUCAAGACUCAGGCCAGUGGGUAACGAAGUACACUCUGUCCUAUAGUGUAGAUGGGAUGCACUGGGCCGAGUAUAAAGAAAAGAGUGUCACAUGGGUAUUUCCAGCUAACAAGGACAGAAAUACAGUUGUGGAGCAUCUUCUUCUCUCGCCAUUUGAUGCUCGCCUUAUCCGAUUUCACCCAAAGACCUACCAUGGAUACACAUCUAUGCGAGCAGAGGUUUAUGGCUGUAGGAAGGUUCACAGCUGCUCCGUACCACUGGGUGUGGAGGAUGAACGGAUUCCUGACAGUGCAUUUACUGCGUCAGGUAGCUAUGACAAUAGGCACCGGCCCUCACUUGCGAGACUGAACCUCUUAUCGGAUGGCAAGCACGUGGGAGCCUGGUGCCCCAAGCUAAAGAGCCGCAACCAAUGGCUUCAAAUAGACUUGGGAGAAAUUACCGCAGUGACCAAAGUGGCAACUCAAGGCCGAUAUAACAGUGAAGACAGAACUAGAACAUACACUCUUUCAUACAGUGUGGACGGACUACAUUGGACGAGUUACAAACAACGUGCUGUGGAGAAAGUGUUCGCAGGAAAUACGGACAGAAACACUGCCAUCAUACACUCCCUAAAACCUCACAUCGAGGCUCGCUGCAUCCGGUUUCAUCCAAGGGCACACAAUCAUAACAUACCUUGCCUAAGAGUUGAGUUGUAUGGGUGUCGUAAAGUUAAGAACUGUCUUAUGGCUGUGGGAGUGGAAGACGGAAGAAUUCCUGAUGAAGCAUUUACAGCUUCAUCUUCAGCCAGUGGUAGAUACCUUCCAAACAGAGGUAGACUCAACUUACCACCAAGUGGAGGGAAGUAUUGUUGGGCAGCUGGACAGAAUAAUGCUAAUCAGUGGCUACAGGUAAAUCUUGGACGUCUGUUCAACGUACGAGGCGUGGCCACUCAGGGUCGACACGAUGCCAAUCAAUGGGUGACAAGCUUUUCAUUGUCUUACACUGCAGAUGACUUUACGUGGGUUUUUAUCAAGGAAAACAGCCAAGUGAAGACAUUUCUGGCAAAUAGCGACAGGACAACAGUUGUCAAACAUGUCUUCAGCCUGCAUAUCAGGCUAUUGGCCAGAAGCGUUCGUUUCCAUCCAAAAGGUUGGCAAAGCCACAUCUCUAUGCGAGUGGAGAUUUAUGGUUGCAAAGAAGAUCGCAGUUGCUUUCUUCCUCUUGGUAUGGAAAGUGGCCAUCUUCCCGACAGCGCAAUAUCAGCAUCGACGUAUCAUAACUCCAAAUACAUCCCGCAGCUCUCGAGACUCAAUAACAUCCCCAGUUCAGGUAAAGCAGGAGUCUGGUGCACACGUACAAACAAUGGCAACGAAUGGUUGCAGGUCAACUUUGGGCGGGAAACAACUGUGACUAAAGUGGCCACCCAGGGGAUGUAUAAACACAAUAAUUGGAUAACGAGCUACAGUUUGUCGUACAGCGUAGAUGGCUCUCACUGGGCCUGGUACAGACUCUCGGAUGGACAUAUCAAGGUGUUUGGUGGUAACAUCGACCGCCACACUCCAAUAAAUCUUGGAUAUCUGUUCAACGUACGAGGCGUGGCCACUCAGGGUCGACACGAUUCCAAUCAGUGGGUGACAAGCUUCUCAUUGUCCUACACUGCAGAUGACUUUAUGUGGGUUUUUAUCAAGGAAAACAGCCAAGUGAAGACAUUCCUGGCAAACAGCGACAGGACAACAGUUGUCAAACAUGUCUUCAGCCCGCAUAUCAGAGCGUUUGCCAGAAGCGUUCGUUUCCAUCCGAAACGUUAG